GAAGUCGGUCUGUGCACGGGACUCGCUCGCUCGGGACGGGAGGCUUGACGUCUUUCGUGGCUCACGAACACGAACACAUCACCCUCUUUCCUUCAAGCAGCCUCUUCUUGUUUUUAUACAUUUGGCUUGGGUUUCCUUAUUUUCUUGCGCCAUGGCCAGUCCCUCUCGGCUCUCAGGUGCUCAUGCGAUUCUGUUAGCCAUUCACUUUUCUGUCAGCGGCGAUGUCUCCCGGCUACCCCAACUCCAAGCUCGAUACCCUCGCUGGCUGCCAACCGAGCGCCUCUUGCGCAUCAUACUAACCUUCCUCCCCGAGAGUAGCCCGCCCCAGACAUAUACCUCCGUUGUGGAAGCCUUGGUAGAUGGAGAGCACACCAUCUCAACGGCUGCAGAGCUUGACACAUCUGCCGUCCAGAUUCUGACCGACACCAUUGCAAGGAAACGAGUACGCAAGGUUCGUUUACUGCCGUUGAGGCAUCCCGAUGACGAGGACACCGACGACUCAACCGACCUCUUGACCCAAUUCUUGAUCCACCGCGCCCAUCGCAUCGACUCCGAAACCGCUCUCCAACCCCUCAUCCUCGAUCUCCUCGUACCAUUCUAUCCACGCUCGCCUAUCCUCCGCACAUGGUUAAUAUCGAGUCUACUGCCCUUGCUGCGGUUGAAUUACGAAUAUUACCCCAGCCAGGACGAGACCUUCUCUCUGGACAUUCUUGAGUCGAUGGACAACAGCAUCGCCAUUAAUGUCUUACUUUCAAUGACCGGCAAUACGAAAACUAGCAUGGAUUUAGUGCAGAACCUCCGCGGGCUGGUGGGUGCGUGGAUGUAUGGCAGCAACAGGACCAAGCGGCGGAAGCUCAACGAAGCCGCGCAGCAGAACACACUUUCACUUCCGCAGGACGAUGUGAAACCGAGGACGAAUGCAGGGGUAGGAUGGCAGCAGGUUAAUGAGUGGCUGCUGGCGCGCAGUUUGGUAGAUCACGAGAGCGCAGUCAACGCAUUCACGAACUGGGAUGGCCCGGAGGAUGUGGACCUGGGAGGCUAUGCCGAGGAGGACCCUAGCCUCCCGAAUGAUGAGAUGAAAGACUUGCGGACGCGGUAUGGGCAGACUGGACUGGCCGUUGUCUACGCAAAUGCCGAUGUCAGCGCAGCGGCCUUGGAUGGGUCGAUCAAAGUCCUUGCGCGGAUCGCCAGUUUCUUGGACCUGGAACAGCAUUUGUCUUUGAGAGACGAUGAUGCAGAACUACCAUCGGUGGUAUUUGACUCGGACCAGAUCUCGUCUACCUCAAGAGUCUCCCUCAUGCAGAAUGCGCUUCUCACGACAUCGAACCCGCUCACUCGUCCGUCUGCCGCUUCCAUCUCUUUCCUUAGCGCCAUUUGCGUCUCUCUCCAGGUGCUGAGUGAGCUCGGUCAUCCUAUGCCCUGCCGUACAGCCGCAAACCUUUGUCUACACAACAAUGUUGAUACGCAACUGCUCGAAAUGCGCGGUGUGGUUCAAUCUGUGAUUAGACAGAGCAAGCCUGGCCGAGGCUGGGGCAAGGUUCGCCGCCAAUUGCUCUGGCUGCGCGACUGGGAGGCAGAUCACACAUCUCGACAGGAUCAAAGUCGCCCUGCUCACCACGGUCUCUUCUGGCGAGUAGAGCGGGAAGUUGUUGAAGUCGAAAUCUUGAAAGCUUUGCUUGAAGUCAGAGAAUACAAACUCGCCGUCGACAUUUAUCUCAGCUCCGACUCAACCUUGACGUCAUCCAAGGUCGAAGAGGCCGUCAAAGAGACCAUUUACACGGCGUAUGAUAACGCAAGCAACGGCAAUCGAACUCGUGGUGGCAUGAAGAGAGCCUACGAAGUCCUUCAAGCCUUUCAGCCGCACUUUUCAGACUCGAUUGCUCUCAAGCAGAUCAGCGCUCUUAUCGCAGCCACGCACUCACUGUCCUUCUACUCCCUCACCUUACAGCACGGCGUCCCCUUCCAGCCCGUCAGCAUCCGCGUACACUCCGAUCCUCUCUCUCUCAUUGAAAAAGUCCUCGAACAAAACCCCAAGAGCUACACCAAGGUUGACGACCUUCUGGCCAUCGGCCGCAAUCUUGUCGCAGCCGGCUUCUCUCCGCGGCUCUCAGAUCACCAUGAAGCUUCCACGCUGGCUCCUCUCUCCGAACAGGAUGCCAUCCUCACCGCCGAACGCCGCAUCAUGUCUCUAGCCGUCAACUCCGCUCUCACCUCCCACGACUUCGGAACCGCCUACUCUUACAUCCUUACUCGGCUCACACCCACCUCGUCCGCAUCCACGCCCGACACGAUCCUCACAGACGACAUUACCUGGCGUACGGUGUAUUCCGCCGGACGGUAUCGCCCGCCGCCGCCCAGCACCUCCACCCCUCCCACCACGCAGUCCCAGAUCACCCACCUCACCCAAAGAAUGGAGCUUCUCUCCCUCGCCCUCAUCCUCGUCCCCUCCGACCACCCGGACCCGCUCCCGGAGAUUCUAGGUGCCUGGCGCCGCUGCGACGAGGAACUCGGCAACCUCCGCACGCAGGAAUCCCUCGAAGAAGACAUCUGGGACACGAAGGGCGACCUCACAUCCUCCCUCACCAUGCAAGGCCUCCCCGGCGGGUUUGGGCCCGCCGACUCCUCCGAGCAAGACGCCCUGGAAACGCGACAGCACCAAGCCCGCCGUGCCCGCGCGCACGCCUCGCACCAUCGCCUCAACCACGAAGAAGCACCCAUGGGCCUCUUCGAGGUCGCGCGAGGCGCCGCCCUAGCCCUGCAGAAGAAUGCAUUCCCGCUCCGCGCCGCAGCCACCAAGACCACCACCGCCUCCCACCACGACCACAAUGGAUUCACCCCUUCCUCCUCCCACACCGCGACAGCAAGCUCCUCACAUACACGCACCGACUCCGUCGUCUCCGCCGAGAACUACGAGCCCGGCAGCGGGACACCCUCCGAUCGCGUCCGCAAGAGAGACGUCGUCAGUAACAUGGUGACGGAUGGACUCGUCAGCGGACUGGGGUGGGUGCUCGGCGCGCAGCCCGUCAACCGUUCUUAGUGUUCGUACACAUAUCCGCGGCUCAACCAGAGCCACACCACCAGCACUUCCCCGAAGGGAAAUCACGUGUUCUAUUUGCAUGUCUGAUAAUGAUGACGGGUGCGAAGAUUUCUGAUUGUUAUCUCGUUGUAUUGAUAGCGCUGCUAGCAGGCAUGGCAUGGCAUGAUAUCUUAUAAAUAAU